AAAAAGGCGAAAGGAAGCACCGUCAUCGAUGGCGUCGACACGUCCAGCAUGUCCCGGGAGCAGCUGGAACAAUUUGCGCUCAAACUACGCAACGAGAUGGAACGCGAGCGAGAAGAGCGCAAUUUCUUCCAGCUCGAACGCGACAAAUUACGCACUUACUGGGAGAUCACGCGCAAGCAGCUGGAGGAAGCGAAGGCGGUCAUUCGUGGGAAGGAGCGAGAUGUCGAGGUCGCCCAAGAGCUCGCUGACCAGGACACGAAGAACGUGAUGCAGGAGAUGAAACACCUGCAGUACGAGCACCAAUCGCACAUUGGCGAACUGCGGGCCGAAAUGAUGACACAGCUCAAGAUGGCGCAAGAGGACCACACGUUGCAGGAGCGAGAACUGCUGAAUGAUAAGCGCGAUCUGAAGCGGUUGCUGCGUGAGAAGGAAGAGAACACCGAGCUGGAGAUUCAGCAGCUGAAGCUGAAGCACAGCGAGCUGCUGAGUGUGGAGCGGGCAAAGUUUCAGGAAGAAAUCGAAGCCAUGACGAAGCUGUUCGACCAGCGUCUUGCGAGCUACAAGGAAGAGGCCGAAGUGCGCCACGAGAUGGAGCUGUCCGAGGUGGAGGAGCGCAAAAACGGACAGAUUGCGGAGCUGAUCAGCACAAACGAGCAGGCGUACCGCGAGAUGAAGAGCUAUUACAACGCGAUCACACAGAACAACCUGGCGCUGAUCAACAGCAUGAAGGAGGAGAUGGAAGAGAUGCGCCUGCAGUCGGACAAGGACCUCAAGAGCUUUAGCGAGGUGAUGGCGGAGAACAAACGGCUUACCGAACCACUCAAGAGCUCCCAAGCGGAGUUGGUCGAGCUGCGCAAGAAGCUGCAGUACUACGAUCGUGAUAAGGCCACUCUCAACCGGGUGAAGAUCCGGUUGAACAGCACCCAGAAGCAGUUGUCGAGCUUGAAGCUUGAGCAGGAUGUGCUGCAGAUGCGGUGUGAAAAGUUGGUCGAGGAACGGGACCAGCUAAAGCGCUUGUUUGAGAAGUCGAUGUUGGAGCUGCAGCAAAAGUCCGGUUUGAAGAACUCGCUGUUGGAGCGUAAGCUGGAGUACAUCGAGAAGCAAACUGAGCAGCGUGAAGCCGUCCUUGGGGAGGUCCUGUCGUUGGCCGGCAUAGAGCCACAGUCGCUUAGUGUGCGCAUCGAGAAGCUUUUGGUGCAGAAAAAUGACAAAAUUCAAGCCUUACGGUACGACCUGGCCAGGGUGAGCAAAAUGUACGACGAUCUGCUGUCGCUCAUCGAGGGUAAAUUGGUGAAGUACGGCAUCACGCUCAAGGACCUUGAGCUUACGAAUUUGCGGCCGGAGAAGUAA